CUUACUCGUACUACUUGACUGGUGCAUCAAGUGAUGCUUGAUCAUUCUCAAUAUGUUACUCGUAUUGCGCUCUUGAAGUGUCUCACCCUGAUUCUGCGUUCAUGCCGCCAUGGAUACCUACACAUUUGCGACCUCGCGACAGAUUGAUUACCCUGUGUGUCUAAGAAUAAACACCUUGGAAGGCAAACAGUCUACGAUUCCUCAGUCUGUACUGUUGAAACACCCUGAGAUUCGCCAUAUUGGAUCAAUCCAGAACCCGGUAUCAGAGCUCUACGCCACUGUUCAAUUAUGGGCCGAGUCCAAGCCUCUUGGGGUGUCUGUUCAAACUCCUCAUAUGUUCUUCAAAAACAACAGGACCUGGAACAAAUGGCUUGAACUCCCAGUUCCAGUUAAAGAUUGCCCCGCAUCGUCGCAAGUAGCGAUCACAAUAUGGGAUCUCUCGCCUUGUCCUAUCAAUGGCAGCGUGGACCACUCGGUACCAUUUGCCGGGACGACUAUUCCUCUCUUUGAUGAUGAUGGUGCCCUCAGACGAGGUCGCCAGAAGUGUCGAAUGUACCGCAAAAAGAUUGCCGACGGGCAUCUGCCUUCCACUACUCCGCACAUUCCACGCCCGAAGCGGAGAAGGAGGAAUGAAGAACCUCCCGAGGCUAGCCCUGAGGAGGAAGAGUUAGAAAGACUCGAGCAGCUCUUCAAGAAGCACGAGAUGAAUGAAAUCCCUCAAAACGAUUGGCUUGACCAACUAGUCUUUCAGAAGGUGGGCAAGAAGGCCCGUGAAGUUGACGAAGCAGCGACAAAGCGGUUGAGUAUGCGAAAAGCUGCGAAGCGAAGAUUCUCUAAAGAUGAGUCGUCCAAGGUCAUGGCUGGAGGUCUCCUCGAUCAACAUGACUCAGACAUGAGCGAUUCUGAGUCUGAGAGAGAAGAUGACGAGCAUUUUACCUUGUAUAUUGACCUUCCUCGAUGGGAUUUUCCAGUGAUUUUUGAAGACCAUGAAUACAAUCCUCCGAGGUUGAUGAAGGAGUUUCAGUCAAACUUGUCAGCGUCUAUGAUGGGCUCCAAAUCUCCGCCGGAGGUUCGUUAUGGCCCUGGAAUUGCGACCGGCACCUCGGUUGUCGAUGGUGAUGAAUACCCCGUUGUUCAGAUAUUUGAUCCUGAACAGUUCCAGCGAGAGAAUCCCUGCGAAUCAAAACAUCGCCGUCUUGUCAGGAGUGAUAGGAACGCAUUGUACGACGUCGAUCAAAAGCCAAAUGCUAAACUUCGGGAUGAGAUCAACGAGAUCUUGUCUUAUGGACCAACACAGGAACUCACUCCCCAAGAAAAGGACGUUAUAUGGACUUUCCGUCGGCAUCUUAGCCGUGACAAACGGGCUUUGACGAAGGUAGUCAAAGCAACAGACUGGAAUAGCCCUAGCGAAGCCAGACAGAUAGCCGAACUGAUUCCAAAGUGGGCGAAAAUUGAUGUUGACUCUGCCCUUGAGCUUCUUGGUCCAACCUACGAUAGUGCGGUCGUACGAGCAUAUGCGGUCGACCGCUUACGACAAGCAGGAGAUGCUGAAUUACUAUUGUAUCUAUUGCAGCUCGUUCAAGCCCUGAAGUUCGAACAGUACGAUUCCCAGGCAGAGACCUUGCCAUCCUCAUCCCUGGCAAGCUUUCUAAUCGACCGCGCUGCCAACAACUUUGUAUUGGGGAACUACUUACACUGGUAUUUGAUGGUCGAAUGCGAUGAUCAGGGCCCAGAUACCAACGCUGCGAAUAGGAAGCUGUUUGCAAGAGUCGAAUAUCACUUCAUGGUCGAGCUGGAAAAGCGGGCACCGGAGCAAAGAAAAACCUUGUUGAGACAGGCCGAGAUGAUUGCCGUCCUGUCGAGAAUCAGUAAGGAAAUCAGGUUCAAUCGGAGCAACCGCAUACAAAAAAUUGAGAUGCUUAAGAAGUAUCUUGCUGACCCAAAACAUGAACUAAUCAAGAUCGAUCCGCCCAUUCCCCUCCCACUGGACCCGGAAGUCGAAGUCAGUGGCAUUUUCCCUGAGGAGGCGAACGUAUUCAAGUCAUCCCUGUCUCCACUGCUGCUUAAUUUUAAAAUAGCUGGCCCAGUGAAUGCUGGUAGUUCUGCAUCGCAAACACGUUCCCAAAUCCAGGGCAAGUACCCGAUGAUGUUCAAGACAGGUGAUGAUCUCAGGCAAGAUCAACUUGUGAUCCAGAUCAUUGAGCUGAUGAACAAUUUGCUCCUGAAGGAGAACCUGGAUCUCAAGCUCACGCCAUACCGCAUCCUCGCCACCUCGCCAACAGCAGGAGCCGUACAAUUCAUUCCGUCUACAGCAAUCUCGGCCGUUUCGGCAAAAUACAAAGGUUCAGUGCUCGCAUACUUGAGGGCGAACAACCCUGACGCUUCUGGCCCUCUCGGCGUGCGAAAAGAAGCAAUGGAUACAUACAUCAGAUCCUGUGCUGGCUACUGCGUGAUUACUUACAUCCUCGGGGUUGGAGACCGUCACCUUGAUAACCUCUUACUUCAACCAUCUGGCCACUUCUUUCAUAUCGAUUUUGGAUUUAUCCUUGGGCGUGAUCCGAAGCCAUUCGCUCCAUUGAUCAAGCUAUGUAAAGAAAUGGUAGAGGGACUUGGUGGAACGACGUCUCCACAAUACGCUCAAUUCAAGCAGUAUUGCUUCACUGCGUAUACGACCUUGAGAAAAUCAAGUUCCCUCGUUCUCAAUCUGUUCAGUCUGAUGGUGCAGAGCUCUGUUCAGGAUAUCAGGCUAGUGGAGGAACAAAUGGGCGGGAUCGGUGGUGCUGUUGGAAAGGUCAGGGAGAGAUUCCACCUGGAUGUCAGCGAAGAGGAGGCUGUAAGAUUAUUGGAUCAGGUGUUGGCCGACAGCGUCAACGCAGUGUUUGGGGUGGUGAUUGACCGGCUACAUGAGUUUGUUCAAGGUUGGCGGGCAUAG